AUGUCUGCCUAUUUGUCUUCACGCACCAGUAAUGAAACUACAACGUGUCAAGAAGAGUUUGAAAAGAUCAUUGCUGGAGCAUUACAAUUCGAUUCAUGGGCACUUAAAAUAAUCGAUGCAUGGGGAAAACCAUUACCAUCAGGUUUGCUUAGAGGAAACGUGUUUUGGACGGGUAACUACGAUGAAUGUGUUCAACCGAUGUAUUUGGUCGAUAAUAAAUCAUUCGUUGUACAACCCUUCGACACUCAGCAUUGUACUUUAUUUCCUAUAUCAUCAACGACAACAGAUCUUCUGGAGAUAUUUAACGGCAUAACUCUUGGCAUGUGUGUUCCUUCAUCAUGUGAUCGACAAUCAGUAGCAUUGCUAAUUCAAUCAUUCUUUACCUUUAGUAAUAUUACUGAAGAUUACCUUGACUGUUCGAAUGAUCCUCCAAAUGGACAGAAAAAUUUUACUGGAGGUGCCAUAGCUACGUGUAUCAUUCUCUCCUUACUUGGUCUUCUUGUUCUUAUCGGAACUAUCAUUGAUUUAAUAAUUACUGUACGUCUAAAAUCUGAUCAAAAUGUUGUUAGACAUGAUUCUCGUCCGGAUGUUGAAACGUUAGAGAUGAAAUCGAUGACUACGCCACACUAUUCAGAUUUGACACAACGACCAUUAUUAGAAUCAACACCUCGUAGAAUAUUCCUUGCUAACUUUUCAGCUCUACGUACUCUACGUCGAAUAUUUACAAUGGAAAAGAAAGAAGAUGAAAAUUCAUUUGCAUUUAUCAAUGGUCUUCGGGUUUUAUCUCUUUUCUGGGUUAUCAUCGGUCAUUCAGUUUUAGACAGUCUAGCUUACACAAGUAAUGUAGUCGAUGUUUUAUCUUGGACAAAGAAUAUUUUCUUUCAAUUAAUCAUCAAUGCAACAUUCACAGUAGAUACAUUUUUUGUAAUAAGCGGUUUUUUAACGACUAUUGCAUUUGUUCGACAAGUGAAGAAAGAAAAACUCUCCUUUCGUCUCAUGGUUCUCUACUAUGUCCAUCGUUAUAUCCGUUUGACACCGGCUUUUCUUCUACUUCUAUCAGUCAGCAUCAAUUUGACACCAUACUUUGGCCAUGGACCAUUUUAUCCUACUCAAACAGGAUUUGAACCAGAAGCUUGUCGCAAUCAGUACUGGUGGACAUCGAUAUUCUAUAUUGGCAACUUAAUCGAACCGAGUCAAAUGUGUUUCACUAUUUCAUGGUAUCUUUUCAAUGACAUGCAAUUUUAUUGGAUUGCUCCAUUAGCUCUCAUACCAUUUGUCAAAGGACGAAAAUGGAUUGCUUUUAUGAUGACUAUUAUUUUUGUUCUCGUUGGUAUUAUGUCGAUUCUUGGUAUUCUUCUUCACUAUCCCAAUAUGACGGUUAAUUCAUUUGAUGAAUUUCAAUUCGCACCUGGUAAAAACUUUUUCAAUACCAUAUAUGUUACUCCAUGGUGUCGUAUUUCUGCUUAUGCUAUUGGUCUUCUCACUGGCUUUCUGCUCAUUACUAUGGGAAGAACAUAUCGUUUCAAUGUUUAUUCAAAACUAAUUGGUACUCUUCUGGCUAUUGCUAUUUGUUUAACAUGUCUGUUCUCAGUAUAUCAUGAAUAUGCCAACGAACCUGGACUAAACCGUGCAUCAUUAGUUACCUAUCAAUGUUUAUCUCGCACCGGCUGGGCUCUUGCCAUUGGUUGGCUCAUCUUUCUAUGCAGUAGCAAUCAAGGCGGAAUACAAACUUUGGCGCAUGAUCUUUUAACGGUGACGGUUUUCUUUCUGAUGACUUUGCAACAUGGUCUGCAGCAGCAUACAGUUUUACGUACACAACAGCAUGGGCCACAACAACAUGAACCACAGCAGCAAUCACAACAUGGAUCACAACAACAAUCACAGCAAGGAUCGCAGCAAGAGCAACAACAAGGAUCACAGCAUGUACUACAACAUGAUUUACAGCACGAACCACAUCCGCAACCACAUCCACAACCACAACCGCAUCCACAACCGCAACCACAUCCACAACCACAACCGCAUCCACAACCGCAACCACAUCCACAACCACAACCGCAUCCACAACCGCAACCACAUCCACAGCCUGGCAUAUUAAUAGUAAUAAUGUAG